AAUAGGUAGAAGAUGAAGCUGCAGGGUCUGUUGUUCGUGGCAAUUUUUAAUCUUGCUUAUACCCAGCUGGUGAAGGGGCAACCUCGCCAGGAUUGCCAAACUAGAUGUGGCAACGUCACAGUUGAAUACCCUUUUGGCACUUCUCCAGGUUGUUACUAUGCCGAAGAUCCUAGUUUCCAUCUCCCUUGUAACCAGACAAAGAAAAUGUUCGUUGAUGACAUGGAAGUGAUAAGCAUUUCUCAGGGCGGCCAGCUACGCGUCUGGUCUCCUGUAACAUACGCAUGCUACAACAACAAAGGACAUCUCACAAAUGACACUAGCAGACUUUUUGGCCUGGGUAAUCUCUCUCUCUCCAACAACAACAUACUCACUGGAGUAGGGUGCACCAGUUACGUGUAUCUGAGAGGUUAUGGACGUAAAAUUCAAACAAUUGGUUGCAUAUCAGGGUGUGGAUAUCUCCCGGAAAAAGGAUCAUGUUCUGGUGAAGGUUGCUGCCAGAUCCCUAUCUCUAAAAAUAUUAGCAGUAUUUAUAGGGUCUUGCCACGUAGGUUUGAGGGACAGUCUAAUGAUUUCGAAAACUUUAAUCGUUGCACCUACGCAUUUCUCGUUGAAACUGGUAAGUUUCACUUCUCUGCUUUGGAAGAUCCGAAGGAUAUGCGGAACGUCACAGAGUUCCCUGUGGUACUAGAUUGGUCUAUUGGAGAAAAGACAUGCGAACAAGUUGGAAACAAAAGCAUAUGCGGUGGGAACAGCACAUGUUCUGAUUCUACACGUGGAGAAGGGUACAUCUGCAAAUGUAAAGACGGCUACGACGGGAAUCCCCACAUUCCAAACGAUUGCCAAGGUACUUCAACUUUUUCUGUUGCUCACUAAUGUUGGUGUUUUCUUCUCACAGAUUUCUCUUCUUCCUUUGUCAGACAUCAAUGAGUGUACUGAGGAUAAACAUAACUGUGGGAACGAAAAAUACUGUAUGAACAAGGAAGGAUCCUUUGAGUGUAAGUGCCCAUCUGAUUACCGCUUUGAUAUUGCAAAGGGCUGCACACGUAAAGAGUCUAAAGACUUUCAAUGGACUCCCAUUCU